AUGGGUCGCACUUCGGGCCAAGGAAGUCUUUCUCCUGAUGCACACGCACAACACAAUACUGGUAUUCAGCCUGCGGAGACCGCGAACCAGGAGAAUGGAGCUUCAGCCAUGAGCCUCGACAAUCAGAAAGACGGUGCCUCGAACCGGUCGCAAGAUGAUACGGAAGACGACAAGCAGGAUGGGAAAAUUCAGGUUGGCGAUGGCCCCAAGGAACGGGAUUCACAAAAAGACCAGCUGGAAACUGGGAUAGAAAGACCACAAGACAAGCAGGAGGCGAGAAUGGACGAAGCGGGACCGGAGACGCAAAAUGUAGAUAUCGAAGAAGGAACAGAGACGCAAGACUCUGGUCUGGAAGAAAGGCCUCCUCUUCCUCCAAGACCGUCCCUACUCCAGAAUGCGGAACAACCGUUUGCUACCCAUUCGACUUCCAAGCGGCCUGGACUAGCCUCGAAACCCACAACGGCAUUGUCGUCCGUAGACAUACAAACACUUUCGUUCCCAGACGGUUCGCGAGGGACAUUCUCGACGCCCGCUCAUCGAACCGUGUCAGAUUCCUUAUCAGUGUCAGGAUUGUCAACCGGACAAAGUACACCCCAUCGAAAGGUCAGUCAAAAUGGAAGCGAAUUUGACGACAACACAAGUUUGAGGAGUUAUGCUCCAACGUUAAGGGCCAACGGAGAUUUAGCAAGUCUGUUAGACGAGGGAUUAAAUAGUCAGAGCCCAGCCUGGAAGCUUCUUAGCACUCAAUCGGAGAGUGUUAACCCUUUUGAAUCUGUCGACUAUGAGAAUAUCUCACUCAUCAACUUUGGCCAAGAGUUCGACCAGAUCGAGGCGGUAGGUGCACAGGAAGGCAAUGAAGAGGAGGUCUUGUCACAGUGGAAAGCAAAACUCAAGCACUAUCUGAUACUCUCCUCUGCCGGUAAACCUAUUUAUAGCAGACAUGGCGACCAGAAUUUAAUCAAUGGGUAUAUUGGCAUUAUUCAGACCAUAAUUUCGUUCUACGAAGAAGCAAAGGAUCCACUAUUGGGCUUUACGGCCGGCGGUACGAGGUUUGUGAUAUCGACAGACGGGCCCCUCUAUUUCGUUGCGAUUAGCCGACUUGGUGAGAGUGACUCGCAACUCCGAACCCAACUCGAAGCAUUGUAUAUGCAGAUUCUGUCAACCUUAACAUUGCCAACUCUAACUCAGCUAUUCAAAAAUCGCCCAAACACGGACUUGAGUAGGCCACUCGAAGGCACAGAGACUUUGUUGUCCUCUUUAGCUGAUACUUUUACGAAGGGCUCAGCUUCAGCCCUUCUCUCCGCGCUCGAGUGUCUGAAAAUCCGUAAAUCGCAAAGGCACUUGAUCAACAACACACUUUUGAAAACCCGAACCGAUAAACUUCUUUACGGGUUGAUUGUCGCAGGCGGUCGACUAGUGAGCGUGGUAAGACCGAAGAGGCAUUCCCUUCAUCCCAGCGACCUGCAGUUAAUCUUUAACAUGCUCUUCGAGGCUGGCAGUGUCAAAGCUGGAGGCGGCGAGAAUUGGAUUCCAGUGUGCCUUCCAGGCUUCAACAACAAGGGCUACCUGUACAUGUAUGUAAGCUUUAUCAACGCUCACGACGAUGUUAACACAUCCGGCGAGCGACCUUCGACAGCUAGUCGAGGCCGGGAAGAUGAAAUUGCUAUUCUGCUGAUCAGCGCCGACAAGGAAAGCUUUUUCGAAUUGAAGCAAAUGCGCGACGACGUUGUGGAGCAGCUUGAACAGAACGGAAGUAUGAGUCUCAUCAAAGCAGCCGUUCGUCAGGGCCGUCCUAAGGCAUCAGAAAUCGUACCAGGAACGAUACUACGACAUUUCCUAUACAAGUCACGUUCGAAUGUACAAUUUAUGAUGCCAUCUUUCUCGCCACACUUUGAGACUCUUAUUGCUAAGCGAAGACUCAUGAGUCUUUACCAUAAUCUCCACGCAUCUACACAUGCCAAGCACUCCCACGUUAAGGUUCUCCAUUGCGUUUCUCGUGACUCCGUCUCUCUAGCCUGGACGACCCCUCUGUUCGAAUUCUACUGUGUGGCCGGUCCAAAUGCCUCCCGGGCGGCUCUCGCUCAAGGUGCAAAUCAAGUGAUUCAAUGGGUUAAGCGGGAGGAGGAGCGCGUGUUUAUAAUUGGCGGCGCUGUCUUUUAA